UUGAGGAAGUGGGAAACGGAGCGCAGGAAGGGGAGAAGGAGCAAGUAAAAUUAGGAUGGCUGAGUUUGAGGCUUUGAUGGCGGCGGUGCGGGACGCGGCGCAGCAGCACGGGACGGCGUGGCUGCAGGAUCGUCUGCGAGGGGCCCUGGCUGUGGCUCCUACCUCUGGGGGGCCGCGGGAGGUGAGGACGAGCGGCUCAGCCCUGAGGCGACACCACGGGUGAGGAGGCGGAUUCGGAGUCCCUCCGGCUCCCAGCGGCGGCGUCCGGCCGACAGGGCGGCCGCUUCGGUUUCCAGGCGGGGAGGGCGGACUGCUGUGAGAGAGGAGCGGGCGUCCCCUGGUCCGGUCCCCAGGAGUGGUGUUGGUGCUGGAGCGGGGGUGCAGCGGCGGAUGGUGGGGGCGCGCGGCCGGCGACGUUUGGCGGACUCACCUGCGGCAGCGGGGGGGGUCCUUGUCGGUGCUGGAGUGACGGCCGGGCAGGAGCUGGCUGCGGUUUCGGCGGCGGAGGCGGGUGCAGGACCUGGAGUGCGAGCGGCACGGCCACGUGUGGAGGGUGGUGCGGCCUUGCCUUCUGUGCGACGUAGUCUGGAGCGGGGUGCGCCGCGGCCCCUUGUGGUGGGCCGGCGGCAUUGCAGCACAGAGAUGGCUGAGGAGCUUAUGAGGACUGUUCCCCAAGGACUGCGAGCAGGCCGGUCAAGGCAGAGGGACAGCGGUGCUGGUGCUGGGGGCACGCGGUGUGGAGUUGCGGUGCCUGGGGCGGGACCGUCCUCAGGGUUAUCGGUUCGGCUGGAUGGAAUGGGGCCUGUGGAUGGCCUGCACACCCUCGCUAGGAGCCGUAGCGGUGGGUCCAUGUCGGAAGCAAGUCUGGAGGAGGGAGAGCUGGAAGAGGAGUCUUCGCCGGCGGCUGCUGUGGAUCCUCUGGAGAUGGCGGUGCGAGAUUCCGGGCCGGGUAUUCCUGUGGUCCAGGCUGCGGUUGCUGGUGAAGAUGGCGUGGCGGCCGGUUUUCCUGCCCGGGAACGGCCAGGUGCGGCGACCUGCUUGGCGUGGAUAUUUGGCCAUUCGUACGUCUACUGGGGGGUCCUGAGGGCUGAUGUGCGGCGGAAUGGUAGGCAGCUGGGGUUUUCUCCGGCUGAGCUCAGGGUCCGGUGGAUCGGUUUGCGGGGCCUCCUGUGGGGGCGGGUGCUGCCUGAAUUUCACGCCAAUGUCGCGUUGGACCGGGUACCUGACGUGGUGGUGCUACAUGUGGGUGGGAACGACUUAGGUGUGCGUAGGUCCCGGGACGUUAUUCGGGACAUAAAGUUGGAUGUUCUUCGUUUGCUGGCGGAAUUUCCGGAUUUGAUCGUGGUGUGGUCGGACGUGGUGGCUAGGAGGAGUUGGCGGUUUGCGAGGUCCGUCGAUCGCAUUAACAAAGCGCGGGCGAAGCUCAAUAAAGAGGUGGGGCGUUUUGUCCGUCGUCAGGGUGGUUUGGUGGUGCGUCAUCAGGAACUGGAGGCUGCUUCGGCUCAGUUUUUGAGGGCGGACGGGGUGCAUCUGAAUGAGCUCGGGAUUGAUAUGUGGGCCCUGGGCAUUCAGGAGGGAUUGGAAUUGGCUCUCAAGGUGUGGCGGGACGCCCGCAGGUGAGGUGUCACCGGUGGUCGUCGGUGGCAGUGUUCGAUGUUGGGAUCCUGGGGGGCAAUUCAUGGCUAAGAGAUGCGUGAUAUAGUGUAAUACGCGUCUCUUGGAGGUAAUUAUGGUGGGUGCGGCUCCUGUGGGCUAAGAAGGCCCAGGGAGUCGUAUACUUGGAAGUUUGUGGAACUGGUGUCCUUGGGUCGGUGAAAUGCGGCCAAGGGCAAGGAAAGUUAUAAGGUUUUGGAUGAGGGAAUACAACGUGUUUGGGGUUGCCUCUCAGGAUCUCUCGGAUAGGUUAACAGCGGUUUUACAAGUUAAAUGAUGAUCUGUUAUUUAUUAUGGUUGAAAAUGUGUAUUUAUGUUAAUAAAAGGUAUGUUUAUAUAAGUUAAUAAAGGUGGCCGCUACGGCCAUAUUUUACCAAUA